AUGGCGGGGCGGCGGCGGGCGCUGCCGCGGCUGCUGCUGCGCUGCCUCCUGCUGGGGCUGCUGGGCGGCGGCGGCGGGGGCCAGCCCGGCGGCGGCGAGUACUGCCACGGCUGGGUGGACGGGCAGGGGGGCUACCACGAGGGCUUCCAGUGCCCCGAGGGCUUCGACACGGCGGCCGCCACCAUCUGCUGCGGCUCCUGCGCUCUGCGCUACUGCUGCGCCGCCGCCGAGGCUCGCCUGGAGCAGGGCGGCUGCACCAACGACCGGGAACCCUCGGAGCCGGGAGUCACCGCCCAACCAAUCUACGUUCCAUUCCUCAUUGUUGGAUCAAUAUUUAUUGCCUUCAUUAUCGUGGGCUCGCUGGUGGCAGUUUAUUGUUGCACAUGUUUAAGACCUAAACAACCAUCACAGCCAAUACGAUUUUCUCUGCGGAGCUAUCAGACUGAGACUCUUCCCAUGAUCUUGGCCUCCACAAGCUUCAGGACGCCAUCCAGGCAGUCCAGUACUGCCACAAGUUCCAGCUCGACCGGCAGCUCGGUUCGCAGGUUCUCCUUCCCCCGCGCAGAGCCAGGGUGCCUGGUGGCAUCCUCACCUCCACCAUACACAUCUGGCUGCUUCCAGACAGCCCAUACAGUCCACCUGACCCAGCCAUCAGGAUUUCUGGUGUCUCCGCCGUACUUUGGGUAUCCUCUCCAGCCAGAGCCUGCCCUGGCUGGGAAGAGCUGCUCUGAUUUUACUCAGAGCUGAAAGAAGCUGUGGAGAAGCAAUGCAGCCUUUGCAAUCACAGGGACUGCUGCUGUUGGGUGUCACACUGAUGUGCUCUGUGGCUGCAGAAUUCAGAACUGUUCCUGUGGGUGAGUUGCCCUGAAAAAGUGAGGGGUCUCACUUGAGAUUGCAUUUCCCAAACCUGGAUCACACUUACAAUGGGAUUGUAAUACACUCCAAACAGUUGUUCUAAAACUGGACUGUUCCGCCUAAUUUGUGCAGAAUGUGUUCAGAGACAAGUAAAAGAACCGUGUUGGGACAAAGGUACUCAGUGUUACAAAUGACAUUUUACCCUAAAUGCAGUUAACUUAGUUAACAAACAGUGGCUGCAUUCCACUGAUAAUAAUCAGACUAGUUCUCUAAAGCAGCAAUAAGCCUGAGAAGUAAGAGAGGAGUAACACUAAAGAGGAUCCUUGAAAACAUGACUGCUUACCACUUCCACGAGCAAAGAAACUAAGAGGAAGAAUUUUAUUAGAUAUCAUAAUACAGAGGUUUUUUAAAAGUACACAUAAUCUACCUGAACUUAAACUGCAUAUUUGUAUUAGUAAACUUUAACGAUGGUAGAUGAAACUAGUACUAAUUAGAGAUCAGACAGUCCCACAUAGCCAAAUUAUCUAUGAGGAAAGCAGAAUGUAUUCAGCAGUAUCACCAAUAACUUCUCCAUAUAAAAUUGAAAAAUAGUGUUCUACUAAAGCAUUCUUCAGAAGGAAGUAUUUAUUGUCAGCUUUUUGCUCAGUAAGUGUAAGUUGGACAAACUGAUCAUGAAGUUUUGUUUGUAAAAUUAGCCAUGUAUAAAAUGUAAAGACAAGUUUGUAAUUUAAAAUGUAUUUACACCAUUGACAUCACUAAUUAUUUAGUAGUAACAUGCAAAAAAAUUACCAAUAAACUGUGUGGUUGAAAUAUUGUGUCAUCAGUAUGACUCUGUACAGGUAGUGUUUGUUGAAUUUAGUUGGUGUAACUCUUUUGUAAUUUUUCCUGUUAAAAUUGUUUAUUCUGCUUUUUAAAAAAUUAUUUACAACUUUAACUGCACCUGUUGUGCAGAUUUAAUAUAAUACAAAAUUCUGGCUAUAUAGCAAAAUCACAGAUUCACUUAUGUCUUUUACAUGCAGCUGUGGUGAAAAAGUGGUGAAAACUACACUGAUUAGUUGGGUAUUUUAGAUUAAACAUCCUGCACUAGGAAUAAAUUCUGUUUGCCCUUCUACAUUCCUUCACCUAAGUAAACCAACAAACCAAAUGGAAGAAGAAAAAAAAAGCAUCUAAACCAAAUACAUGCAGUAAGCAAAUGGAAAAUACACAAGAAAAAAAAUUGCAGUCAUUAAAGGGCUUCUCUGUACACUUAUUUUUGUGAAAAAACGAAGUCAUUCUGUGGGUCAGAAUCUACAAUAUCAGAGGCUGAGCUUUCCUAUUUUAUCAGCCACAAACUCCGUGUGUGUACGAUCUGUUGAAGUUCAUUAUAGCUGACCUAUUUAACAAGUAGUUUAGAAAAGCUUCACUGGUUCUUUCUCAAGAGUUGAAUAUUUUUUUUUUUUUCAUAGCAAAUAUCUAGCAAUCAGUAGUUAUGAUAAAAACUAUUUCAAAAUAACCCUUUAAAUAAGUUUUUUUUUACCACACAAUUAGCAUUAUAAUCCAUCUGACAUUACUGCUGGAAAUGCAGUUUCUAAGCGGAAAGACAAGUUCUAUAUGAUGUAAGUAAUAGGCCCUAGCUUGAAUGCUGUCAUCAUUAAUUACAUCCCAAAUCAUGAUACACAGCUGUGUAUAUGUUUUGCAAGAUACUAAAAAUCAGAUUUUGAGUAUUCGGAAAAUUAAUUGAAAACUAAGUGUUCUGGCCUGGCAUUUUAUUGUAGAAACAAUCUUCAGGGAAGGGGGUACGAAAAUUUUUGCUUGCCUUUGAUGAGGUUUCAUAGGACUCUUCACUGUGUAUUUUGAAUGGUUAUGAAUGGGACUGUUUGUCAAGUAACUUUUGAAAAAUCAUUGAAUAUUUCAAGAUACAUGAAUAUUUCAGCUGUCCUAUUCAGAAGCAUACUGUGAGAUGUGCUGAUCACUCCUGUAUACAGCAGAAACAGCAAACCAACUUAAUUUUUUUACAAAUUAUAGUAAGUCUCCAAUUAGAAGAAAUCUUUAUCUAGUAAACCAAGGCAACACAGACCCAUUCUGGAAGCAGAAACUUGAUCAGUUUUAACUAAGGGGCAAUUGAUGUACCUUUAAAGCAUGAUUAGUCAUCAGAGCCACUGACACAGGUGCAGAGUGGCCAAAAUUCAGGGUCUUCCUCAAAGACACAGCAAAGUACAAAGUACACAGUACACAGCAAAGUGAUGAGUUUGGCAGAGUCAUUGCCCAUUACCAUUUGGUGCUGUACAGGCCAGGCUGCUUCACUUGAUAGUCUCACAGCGCUCUGCAGUUAUUAGUGUUUUAACAUAGAGACAGAUUUUUGCGACUUGCACACACCCUUAGAUUUUAAUGAUUAUUCAGCCUAAGGAGAGCUGUGAAGUUUGCCAUGCAGCAAGAAACUCAGCCUAGCAGGGAAGACCCCUCUGAGCCACCUCCUUUCUUCCCCUGAUGCUGCUUAAUGUGUUUGUCCUGAUAGAACAGGUGAACUUGACACACAGGAAUAAUUUCAUUGAAUCAGACUUUCAUAGAUCUGUAAGUUUAUAGCCUGCUAAGAACUUCGCAGGUCAGUAGCCAGACUGCAACAAAUCCUGCAGAUGUGGUUCUUAGGGUGGGAAAGAUCAGGUGUAGUUCAAAUAGCUGUACUGGGCUACUGUAAAUACAGUUGAGGUGGUGAUUGUGCACCACCUGCAAAGAAGAAACUACAAACUAACUAACUAACUAACUAAACGAA